AUGGCCGUCUUUGAGUCUUACGCUCCUAGGGAAAACCUUAUCAAUCUGUCAAGGCUGUUCUUUGAACGGUCAAAAUUAAAGAAACAUUUAUAUUUUGGACAAGACGACCCUUUGACGAGUCACUUGUACCAGAUUCUACAUCGAUACUCUGGCAAGCCGCUGUUAUUGCAAAAUCUUCUCGAUAGCGGGUGCCCGCCUGACUCCCGAUUUUUGUGGGAGUUCGACCCUGUCUUUGGCGCGAAGGAAACUUCUGCAUUGCUUUGGCUACUCUGUCAAGCCCAAGCAGACCAGCAGACUGAUAAGCGUACAGUUGAAAUCCUUUUGAAGCAAGGAGCGGAUCCUAGUUUUCGGACACCUGGCUCGGGUAACAGUCCACUGAUCGUAGCAGCCCUUUCAUCUCAGCCAGAUGUUACAUUGCAACUCCUAGAGGCGCAAGCCAACGCGAACGUCGAGGAUAAGUCUGGUAGGACCCCAUUGCAAUGCGCCACCAGAGUAGGAAGCUUGGAGAGCAUGGAACACCUACUCAAUUUCAAAGCGAAUCCUGACGACGAGUCUCUGCAUAUUGCAGCAAGACGGACCAAGGCCUCAAUGGCGAAAAUGCUCCUUGAUCGCGGCGCUUCAAUAUAUUGGCAAGGCAUCCAUAUUUGCGAUUAUAGGACUCCACUGGGCGAGCUAUGCCGCAAUGCUAGUCCAGCUAGAGAUCCAGCGCAGUUAAAGGACAAUCUGAAUGUUUUUGCCAAAAGGCUGCCUGACCUGACAAAACUCGCGAACGGCAGAUCCUUCGUGUUGCUAGCCUUAGACAAUGACUCGCCUUUCGCAAUGACCACCGCACUCCUCAAAGCUUUUCGAUUCAUGCGAGAGAACCUCAACUCUGACUUCAACAUCUUUCGCGAGCUGGGCGGGGUCUGCUACAGCCUCACCAUGUACGUCCGGCACUUCGAAUGUAGGAACCGUUUCUCCCUCGACAGCGAACGUCGGUGUUGCAAUCUUGACACUUGUCCCGCCCCAGAUUUGGAGAAGCUCCUUCGAGAGUUCGGGUGCCGUGAUCGAUUCUGGGUUGAAACAGCCGGCGCCAAUCAACCGCCAGGCGUCUGCGGUCCUCCGCCUCACGUCGUCGAAGAGCAGAAGCUUGUCGAGAGCCUACCCAAGGUGCAGGAGCAGCAAACACGCUUACUUGCAGAGGAAAGGGCACGGGCGAGAAGCAAUUCAGGCCGAUCUUGA